AGCUUGAAGAUAAAUUGUCUCUGUUUGCCUUUUUGACGUAACAGGUUGAUAAAGCCGUAUAUUCGUAAAAUACUUGAUUGUUAGCCCAAAGCUAAGACAACUCUUGCAAAGUUGGGCCUUCCCAAAAAUAUUUUAAUCUUGAUUUGUUUAAUAUUUCCCUUUAUAAGUUUUGUUAUUCUAAGCCACUUAAAGUGAGAUAAAACUGAGAUUAAAAGCGGAACAACAACUCAGGAAACUUCAGGCUCUUUUAUUUUUGAGAAACUUAAUUACCCAAAGCAGACAAGCGACACUACCCAUGGUUUAAGCUUUAAGAUUCAGUACUCGAAUUUAUUAUUGGUUAAGACAAGCUUAAACUGAUUUACACCAAAUGCUCGAAUGAUCCAACCAAAUAAAUGGUUCUAUAAUUGUCUCGGGGUUAUUUGAGUUAAAUUAUUUAUACAAAAUUUUAUUAGGUAAAAAGCUCGUUUAACAUUGCGCUGCACAAAAAUUUUCAAAACUUUGAGAUCAAUUUUUCUUAUUUAUGCUUCAAUUCUUAAAUCCACAGGCAAUAAUUUACUAGCAUCGUUACCAUUUUGAUUUAAAUAAUUUGCUUAAUUUUAUUGACGACAAUUAUUUGAACGCUUUCUUCGAAAUAAAGAGAAAUUUAUAAAAAUUUCAGAACUUUAAAUGUCAACAAUGAUAAACGGCAAUAAGGAACCAGGCCGAAAAUCCAUUUCAAAUUCAAUUUACGACACUUACCUCUAUGAGACACCCCCCUACAACCGAGACCAGAAGUUCCACCCGAGUUUGUCAACUGAUGUGAAAACUUUAACGAAAACUCCGAAUCAGAGUGAACUGAAAAAGGAGCGUUUUACAUGGGGAUCGAUUUUAUCGAUUUUGGCGAUAGCGUUAUCGGUUAUAUCGACAGGUCUGUGUCUGAACUUCUACCGGGAGAAGAUGCAACUGCAGAGGACAAUGGAAUCAAACGCAGUCCGAAUUGCAGAACUGGAGAGAUCCAGAUUUGAUUCGCCAGUUGCCUCGAGACAGCUUUCAAGAUUUUACUCCGAACCCGCCAAGGAAGUCAAAGUGUGUGACUGCUCGCAAAGUCUUCUCAGAGGGUCACCUGGAAGAGACGGGGCUCCGGGACCCCCUGGACCACAAGGCGAACGUGGACCUCAGGGGCCACGUGGUUUUCCAGGACUGAGAGGCGAAAAGGGAGAACAAGGAGAAAAGGGCAGCGCAGGAGAAAUUGUAGUGUUAGAUUCCAAAAUACCGUAUGCGAGGAACAAACGAGGAGUGUCUAUAACGUCCAAAGACUCUGACGAUGAUUCGGAAGAAUCGGGACAGAAUUACCACGUUGGAGACGCACCAAACUUCCAGUUUUUUGAGUCCAACUUCAAAGGCCAGAGGGGAGAGCCCGGUCCACCGGGACCCCCUGGACUUCCGGGUCCCUCUGGGCAAAAGGGUGAAAGGGGAAUACCAGGAUUCACUGGAAUCAAAGGAAAUUCGGGAAUCAUGGGACCUCCAGGCAAAAAGGGCGAGACAGGUACUCCAGGCUAUCCUGGGGGUGUGGGUGAGAAGGGAGACAGAGGUCAGAAGGGCGACAGGGGCAUCCGGGGCCACACGGGGGUGGCUGGACGGGACGGAGACAGGGGAAUACCUGGACAGAUGGGCAUAAGGGGUCCGAUUGGUCUUCCUGGUCCUCGGGGACAGAAGGGCAACCCUGGAGCUCCGGGAGUGGACGCGCCAUGCCCCUACGGUCCGGACGGUCUACCUCUUGCCAUCUGCUCAGCCAAAUGACCAGACAUCACGAAUGAAUAAACUUGUGUUAUAUUAUUCAGUGCAUUAGAAAAAAAUAACUUGAUACGAGCUCAAUGUUCUACACCAGACUGUAUGGCCAGAACUGAUUUGUAGAACUUUUA